AUGGAGUGCUCAUGUUCGAUGCUUGGCGGGGAGAGGGGAUGGGUGCUCUCUCUGUUCGCGACAGCUGGGAGAAGUGCUCCUUUGCUCUUCCAACUCUGUGACAUCCCCGCUCGUUCUUUCGAAAUCCUCGCCUGGCGCUGUUCCCCCCCCAUCUACGACGAGAACCAGAACCAGAACCAGAACCAGGACCAGGACCGGGACUUGACGAUGGAGGACGCCCCAGAGGAUGAUCGCGACGUCAAGCUCCAAAAGGCAUCCAGUGAUCUCAUAGCCGACUUUGAUCGCUCGCUGACGCCCUUUCUGCGCAAACCCAACGGCGAGCUGCGCACCCGCGUCCGCAUCAGCGAGACGGCGAGGCUCACAUCCACCCUUCUCGACCCCUUUCAAGAACUACCGCAGCUCCUCGAUCCCCAUCUGCCGAAAUGGCUGCCCGUCCUCGCCGCCUCGUACCUCGAGAACCUCUACACGCAGGCCGGCCGCCUGACGAGGCCGUCGUCAGCCGCGCCCAGCGCACGAGCCCAGCUGCUCGAGCCCCUGCCCGCCGCCAUUGCCCGCCUCGUCUACACCCUGACCAAGAUCCGCGGCGCCGCCGUUAUCCUGCGCUUCCUGCCCGUCGAGGCCCGCCACCUCGAGCCCCUGCUGGCGGCCCUCGAGUCUGCCGAGCGCAGGGCCGCCAGGCCCUCGCUCCUCGCCCUGACCGACUCUGUCCGCGCCCACGCCGCCGCCGCCGAGCCCUCCCAGCGCGACUGGGAUCUGGGAGGAGCGCUAUCUCGUGCUCUCUGGCUCGCCCAGCUGCUGCUCGCCCCCUUUGACCUGUCGACCAUCUCCUCGGCGACCCGCCGACGACCCGCGCCGCCGCCCUCAUGCGCUGCCCGGCUUUACUGCCCCGGGCCUGCCCGCCAUCACACGCGCGUGCUGCCCUGCUGUCAAGCCCUCAGCGUCAUCACGCUCAAGCUCAACCCCGACAUGGCCGACGAGGUGGUCGAUGCCGUCCUCGAUGCCCUCAACCGCAACGUCCUCUGGGCCGUCUCCGCCAUCGGCACCGCCGAGCCCGUCCGCGACCUGUCCGCCGUCGACCCCCUCGAGUGGCACGGCCUCACCCUGACCUUGUCCCACCUCCUCUACCGCCGGUCCCCGCCCGCCCGCCAGCUGCCCGCCAUCAUCGCCGCGCUCUUGCUGGCCCUCGCCUUUGAGAAGCGCAGCACCUCCGGCAGCUCCGUUGGCGCCAACGUCCGCGACGCCGCCUGCUUCGGCAUCUGGGCCCUCGCGCGCCGCUACACCACCGCCGAGCUGCUGGCCGUCCCCACCGGCGAAACGACUUCUUUUUCUUCUUCUUCUUCUUCUUCUUCUUUCCCCCCCUCCAUCCUCCAGCGUCUCGCCACCGAGCUGACCGUGACGGCGUCCCUCGACCCCGCCGGCAAUAUCCGCCGCGGCGCCUCCGCCGCCCUCCAGGAGCUCAUCGGCCGCCACCCCGACACCGUCGACAAGGGCAUCUGGCUCGUCCAGACCGUCGACUACCACGCCGUCGCCCUGCGCGCCCGCGCCCUCCACGAAGGCGCCCUCAAGGCUGCCAAGCUGAGUCCCGUCUACGGCCGCGCCCUCCUGCGGGGCCUCCUCGACUGGCGCGGCGUCGGCGAUCCGGACGCCGGUGCCAGGCGCGUUGCCGGCGCCUCCUUUGGCACGCUGACGCGCGAGCUGUCGAGCGGCCAAGAGAAGAAACGCACGCAGUUCCAAGUCUCGGCCAAGAUGGUGCUCGAGCGACUCAGCGGCCUGCAGAACAGACAGGUCGAGGAGCGGCAUGGCCUGCUCCUCUGCCUGGCAUCCGUGCUCGACAAGUUUCCGAGCCUCGUCGGCGCGCCGGAGGACGGGCUUUCUGCCGACGAUGUGUCCGUCGCGCAGCGCGUCGUGCGCGAGGGGACCGACAUACUUCAGGGCGGUCAACCAGGGCGACCUACCGUCGUCCAGAACUCGUUGCUGGAGGCCGCGAACCGCUCAUCAUCGCUUCGCUGCCCUGCUCCGCCCGGCUUCGAGAUCGUGUCACCGGACAGCACGCAAGAUUUGCUCCAAAUCGUCGCCGCCGUUGACGCCCUGCCAGAGAUCCCGAGUCAAGUGAAAGCACUCGUCCGCCAUUUCGAAGCCACCAUCUCGGCAGGUCUCAGCCGCCCCGAAAAGUCUGCCAUCGCCGCCGCCGCGGAAGCGGCCCUCGUGCUCCUUGCCUUCUCAGAACCCGCAGAGCGAAACCGCAUCGUCACGCAGUGGGCCGCGACGACUCGCCAGAAGCCAACAUCCCGGACAACCUCGGACCACGGCUACUUUGCAGCCCUGACCAUGGCCCACCCCCUGACAACAACGGCGACCAGGGGUUGCACUUCCGACACUGCCGACACUCCCGAAAGCGAUAUGACCACGGACGCCAUCCUGUCGCGCUGGGCGAGCGACAAGGACAUUGACACGAGGGUGGCCAUCCUGCAGAGCCUCACAGAGAGCGUCGUGCUGCAAGACGGCGCCCCGGCAUUCCUUGACCUGCUGGCUCAGGGCCUCAACGACUACACAACUACUGCGCGGGGCGAUGUAGGCUCGCAUGUGCGAUUGGGCGCUUUGCGCGCAACAAGGUGCAUCUGGCGUUCGCUGCAGUCGGGCGGCUCUACGCGACAGCAAGAGUGCUUAAGGGCUGCCGUGUCGAAGCUCUACCUCAACGUUCUGCGCCUGGCCACGGAGAAACUGGAUCGCGUCCGAACCGAGGCACAAGCCGUGCUGUCGCUUACCUUGACGCCCAGCUACGCUGUGUGGUUCAAUAAGCUUACGUUUUCAUCACGCACCUAUCUCCUUGCACUGUUGACUCUCUACGCGCAAGAUGAAUACAUCCACCCUUUGAUCAUGGAACAAGCCAGGGCCGACCCCGGUGCGUGGAUGGCAGAGCUCCUCGCGGGCUAUGUCACUUCUGCGGACACGGGCAACGAGGACCUUGUCAUCGCGGCGCGUGCCGCUCUCACCGAGUACUGCAGCAUCGCGCCAGCUAAUCGAGAUGAUGUGUGCAUAGCUCUUGUUCGUAACCUAUCGUCGCGGCAAGGCCAGGACAGGGUAUUAGUGCCGACACUGGAAAUCGUCGCGUUUCUAUACCGUGCGGGUUUAUUUGCCGGGUGCCGGGGCGUCGAUCCCAAGAGGCUUUGUCUCCUGGUGCAGAAGGCAGGGUAUAAGACGGGGAGCAUCCGGAAGCUGGAGGCCUGUAUACACGUGUACGGCUGUGUUGCCAUGUUCGAGGAUCACGCAGAGGCUGCGGCGCGAGAAGCGCGGAAGCGGCUGGGAGCCCUUAUGUUCCAUCCCUGGCCGCGAGUCCGGAGUCUGGUCGUUGACGAAUUAUGGCAGCUGUUUUGUAACGAUGAGGCUGGGUCCAGGCUCAAGAGUGUAGACUGGGGCCGGGCGGACAAGGGGGCCAUCAGAAGCGUCGUGUCAGUGCUUGGUCUCGCCUAA